GUCUUACGACGCGACAUAGCCAAAUUAAAAUGGAUCCGAAUUUGGAGUGCCGUAUACAUAAUCUUUUACAUGAAAUUCGCUGCGAAAACACAGAAUCCUACGAGAUUUAUAUUAAUCCGAAUAAAUUCACUUCAAACGGUUAUGCAUCCGAGUUUUACCGGUGUGAGCUUACCAACAAGGAUAACGGAGAAGUGACCCAUAUUUUAGUAAAAGUGGUGCCGAGAAAUCUCUCUAGAUGCAGCAUGGUUCCGAAUUUCCAGAACGAAAUUUGUUUUUAUAAAAGAGUUUAUCCGGAGCUAAAAAAGUUUCAAGAAAACAAAAGGGUUUCUAAGCUGUUUACAAACCUGCCUCGGUUCAUAGCCGGAACAUGCACUUAUCAAAAGGAAAUUAUUUUAGUUGAAAACCUUUUUGAAGCCAAAUACAGGAUUACUCCUAGACAGCUUAAGCUUACUCCGAUGCAUAUGAAAAAUAUUUUCCAGACUUACGCCAGGUUUCAUGCGUUAUCCUACAUGUAUAGAAAGGAGCACUAUAAAACUUUUAAGGAACUUAUAAAAGAAUUAGGAGACCUUUCCGAAUAUAAUCCGAAAUGUACGCUAAGAGGUAAUGCCUUUAAAUCGGCUUUAGAUGUGUUGGAUCCUGAAAAUGAUGCGGAUAUCAUUAAGGUUUUGAAUAAAUUAGAUCUUCAAAAUAUUAAAGAAGAAGCUCAGAGAGAAAAGGGAAAUUUUACUUGUCUUAUACAUGGUGAUUCUCGAGUGGGAAAUAUGCUUUUUAAAAAAAAUGUAGACAUAGAAGAACAAACUAUCAAGCUAAUAGACUUUCAAAGAAUCGCAGAAAAAUCGGCAGUCGUUGACCUGUCUUACUUCUUCUAUGCGGAGGCGUCAAAAGAAGACCUGGACAAUCUAGACCAGUAUCUAAAGAUAUAUUAUAAUUAUUUUAGUAAUUUCGCUGAAGACCUUGGUGCAAAAGCUCCUGAGGAUAUACCACCAUUUGAAGCUCUAAGGGAAGAAUGGAAGAAGUGUUGUAUGCCAAAUUUAAUUUUAGGAAUAUUUAUGUGGCCAGAUAUGUUAAAAGAAAAAAGAGAAAUUCUUGGAUUGGUGGAAAGUAAUCACAUAACACGGGAAAGGGGAUUACAACUAUGGAAUGAAAAAGUGACCAAUACGUGGAAAAGUGACGAAUUUAGAACCAGAGUGAGAGAUGUUGCAGGACAUGCCAUUCAAUAUGGAAUUUUGGAGCCAUAACUUAUAUAUACCUAAAUUAGUUUUAUAACAUGUAUAUUGAUAUUUUUAUGUACAAAUUUUUAUACCAAAAUAGAUUUGAUAAAUUAGGUUUAGGGUACAUAUUACCUUAAUCGGCCUUUGUAAUAAAUUAUAUAAACCGUUUAGAUAAA